AUGUUCCAAAGGGUCUUGUCAAGCUCAAGGAGAGGGCCAAGAAACGGAAGGGCCGUGGUUUGGUGGCGAGGACCGCUCCGAGCGAGAGACAUCCACUAUGAGGGCAUGGAAGUAGAUGGAGCAGAUGAUGAGCCGGGACCUCAAAGAUCUGUGGAAGGAUGGAUUCUCUUCGUCACAGGUGUUCACGAAGAGGCACAAGAAGAUGACAUUCACGACAAAUUCUCAGAGUUCGGAGAGAUAAAAAAUAUCCACCUGAACCUUGACCGUCGUACAGGUUUCCUGAAGGUGGGGCUAUGCAUUGUAGAAUUUGAGACCUUCAAAGAGGCACAAGCAGCUCUGGAUGGUCUAAAUGGCUCUGUAAUCCUAGGUCAGACAAUCUCCGUGGAAUGGUGUUUUGUUAAAGGCCAAGAAAGAACAAAAAGGAAAGGAGGAGACGCUGAGAGUCAAAGCUGCUAGCCUGAACUGAAUACU